UUUCUCUCUCACAUUGGAUCCUCUCUGCAUCUGAGACCAUGAAACUAGUGUACGUGUGCUGUUCACUGCUGAUAGCUAUCAGACAGGGUCUAGAGGGUGCUAGCAGUGGCCCUUCUGGGGUUCUGGACCGGGCGUCUGGCACUUCCAGCUGCUCCCCGGUGAGACUGAAGCCAGCUGGGCAAUGUGAAGAUGAGGAUGAGUGCCCUUACCAGCUCACCAUACCACCUCUGACCAUCCAGCUUCCCAAACAAUUCAGACUACUAGAAAAAACCAUGAAGGAGCUGCAAAGUUUAAAGGAGACCGUAAACAGGAUGAAAAUCUCCUGCCAGGAAUGCAGCUCGAAGAAGAUGAAUGUCCAGAAAGACAGUGGAGACCCUCCGGCUGGCAACGCUGAGAGCAGAGGGGACAUCGCCACGAGAGUCUACAAUAAUGGGAAUGUAAGCAAUAAUGAUAUUGUGCAGGACAUGCAGGUGAAAAUGAACCGCAUGUCUAACAGCCUGAAGAACGCACGUGUGCAGAUAAACUCUCUUCAGGGUCGUCUGGAGGAGAUUAACCUCCUAAACUUGGACAAUGUUGAAGAAAUAGUGGACAGGAAGGUUGAAAACAUCACGGGGAUGGUCAACAAAAUCAGCAGAACUUGCACUUCACAAUGCCCUGAUAAAGAUCCCAAUGGACCCCAAAACUUGAAAAACUUCCCUCUCAGAGAUUGCUCUGACAUCACCAUGCAUCGACAAAGAACAAACGGUGUGUACAAUGUGACCCCUGACCCCAGGAACGGGAGCUUUCCUGUGUACUGUGACAUGGAGUCAUUUGGAGGCGGUUGGACUGUUAUACAGCAGCGCAUCAAUGGCAGCGUGAGCUUCAACCGCACCUGGAUCGAUUACAAAAAAGGCUUUGGUGACCUAAAUGCAGAUUUGUGGCUGGGCAAUGACAAAAUCCACCUGCUCACCAAAUCCAAAGACAUGAUCCUGCGUAUUGAGCUUGAGGAUUUUGAUGGCACACGUGGGUAUGCCAAGUACGAUCAAUUCUACGUGUCAAAUGAGUUCCUCCAUUAUCGGCUGUCAGUGAGCGGUUACUCUGGGACUGCUGGGAACGCUCUGCAGUUUAGCAAACAGAUUAACCACGACCAGAAGUUCUUCUCAACACCCGACAGAGACAAUGACAUGUACCCUUCAGGGAAUUGUGGGGCAUAUUACGGAUCGGGUUGGUGGUUUGAUGCCUGCAUGUCAGCAAAUCCCAAUGGCAAAUACUACAAAACCAAGUAUAAAGGGAAAAGGGAUGGAAUCUUCUGGGGCACGUGGCAUAACCUGACCAGCGAGUACUAUCCAACAAACUACAGACAAGCCUUUAAAAGAGUCAAAAUGAUGAUAAGGCCGAAGAAUUAUGCACCCUAAACUAACUAAAACAAAACAAAAGUAUUUCUGGUGCCCUUAUGGACUCUCCAAAAAUUUGCUAUUAUACUUGUAGCUAUCGUUUUGGAUGCUUAUAUGUUGAAAAUGAUGUGAUACUUCACCCAAAAAUGAAAAUUCUAUCAUAAUUUACUCACCUUCGAGUCGUUCCAAAUGUGUAUACAUUUCUUUGUUCUGAUAAACACAGAGAAAGAAAUUUGGAAUAAUGCUUAUAACCAGCUUUUCUGUAGCUCAGUGGUAAGAGCAUUGCGUUAACACAUAAGGUUGUUGGUUCGAUUGCAAAUACCUAUUUAAAAUGUAUAGGAUAAAGCAAUGUAAGUUGCUUUGGAUAAAAGCGUCUGCCAAAUGCCUAAAUGUAAAUGUAAGAAUAACCAUAAAAUAAAAAUUAAAUACUAAAAAUAAUCCCAACACCCAUUGACUCCCAUAGUAGGAAAAAAACAAUGGUAGUCAAAAGUGCCACAGAACUGUUUGCUGUCAGAGGCCCUGUCCCAAAUGGCGCACUUCAUGCGGACUUCCGGUCUCGUGGACUUACCAAGUCUACGACUCCGUAGGGUGUCCCAUUUGUAUUUUAGAGAUCAGAAGUCUGCUCGCGAGCACCUUCUUUGUGCCCUCGAUGUGGUCUUCCGCGAAGGCGGCAUUGAUGCAGACUCCACAGAAGUCCCCUACCCAGGAUUCCUUGCGAAUUCCCAAUCACACAACGGAUGGGAGGAGUGUCGUGGAUGUCAGACAUUUUCGUAAACAUGACGGAUAAAUUCUUAAAUUUAUGCUUUGAUAAAAUUCUAAAUUAAUUUAUUAAUUAGUUACUUAUUUUCUUAUUUAAGGUAAUUCGCCAUGUUUUAUUGUAGAUUCGGAGUUGUCUCUGGGCUCUGUAAAGCUCUGUAUUAUAGAGACAUAUUAAAUAACAACAUAUAGCCUAUGCAUAUUAUGAAGUGUAUACAGAAGAAUAGUGUAUACAAAUAAAUAAAUAUACAUAAACAGUUGCAUUUACGUCAUGACAAAUGAAUGGAUUACAAACAUAAGUAUCUAUUGCAUAAUGCUCAGGUAGCAUAUCAACAUAUGAAAUAUAGAACAAUAAAAAACCGGCAGCUCCAGUACCAAAUAACUACAACAGGACAACAAGUGUGAUCGAGUGUGCGAAGACUGAUCAGCAAAUGACAACAAAGUACCGCGUGAGUGGUUAGAAAGCACUGCUUGCUCUUUCCGGUGUGAUGACUUCAAGUAUGUCCCAAAAUGCACUCCCAUGUACCCUUGUGGACUCGUGCCUAGUGCCCUAUAGGUCGGCACUUCCUGACGUCACCAAGUGUGGACUCAGAGGUGGUCCACAAGACCAGAGUCCGCCAUUUGGGACAAAAUGUCUUCUUUUGUGUUUUCUUACUCUGGGAGUCAAUGGGUGUUGAGAAUGGUUUGGAUAUAAGCAUUAUUCCACAUAUCUUUCUCUGUGUUCACCAGAGCAAAGAACUGUAUACACAUUUGGAACAACUUGUAGGAGAGUAAAGGUUGACAGAAUUUUCAUAUUUGAGUGAAGCAUCCCUUUAAGUGAGAAACAGCGUGAGCUAUUUCUUUGUGUAUGUGCUACUGGCCUCUUGUGUUUAACUGUUUUAUUACACAAUAGCAUGUGUGCUGAUAUUAUGCAGAUAUAAAGUUAUAGAUGUGAGGUUCAAGUACGAAAUGUACAGUAUUUAUUUUUAAAAGAACGGGAUCUUAAGAUUUUACAGCAUUUUACUGAGAAUAGGCAUAUGUGACCCUGGAUCACAAAACCAGUCUUAAGUAGCACGGUAACAUUUUAGGUAAAAACCAAAUGGUUCAUAAUUGUAUUGUAUAUUGUAUGGUUCAUAAUUAUAGAUUUUACUUUUAUGCCAAAAAUCAUUAGUAAAGAUCAUGUUCAUGAAGAUAUUUUUUAAAUUUCCUAUCCUAAGUGGAUGUGAGUGGAUGGCCUGCUACAGCGCCUCUGACUAACAACUUCAAAGGCCAUUUUCUCAAUAUUUUGAUCUUUUCACACUCUCAGAUUCCAGAGGCUUAAACGGUUGUAUCUCAGCCAUUUACUGUCAUAUCGUAACAACCCAUACAUCGUUAGAAAGCUUUAUUUUUCAGCUUUCAGAUUAUGUAAAAGUCUCAAUUUCGAGAAAUUGUCCCAUAAGACUGGUUUUGUUGUCCAGGGUCACAUAUAGGUUGAAGAACAAUUUCGCACUUAUUAAUUUGAAAAUAAAAAAAUUGUAUAUUGGA